AUGGCGACAUGGCUAGCCCUUCCCAGUACCAUCCCACAGUUUUGCGCUCGUUACGUGGAUGAUGCCAUAGGUUUCUGGCACGGUGCGCAAGAUAUCAACGUCGCAGCAUGGAUCUCCAUCGUCAUUGUGCCCGUCCUAGGAUUGAACAUCUUCGCUUUCGCCAUCUACGCUGAAGCCGAAUUCAUCUUCUCUUCCGUCAAGGUGGUCACCAUUGUCGGCCUCCUCGUCCUCGCCCUCAUCAUCGACGCCGGUGGUGUUUCAGGACAGCACCGCCUCGGUUUCCAGUACUGGAGCAACCCUGGUGCCAUGAAGGCAUAUACCGCUGGUGGUGACACUGGCCGGUUCCUUGGUCUCUGGUCGAUCCUCGCCAACGCCGACUUCUCAUACGGCGGUGUCGAAAUGGUGGCUGUCGCUGCUGGUGAAGCUGAAGACCCACGCCGAAACAUCCCCAAGGCCGUUCGCCGCGUGUCCUGGCGGAUCCUCUUCUUUUAUGUACUGGGCUCAUUGGCCACCGGUGUUCUCCUUCCUCACAACGACGAGCACUUGAUCAGUGUCCGCGAGAACGAUGUGCUUGGUGCUGCUCAAUCUCUCUGGGUCAUUGCUAUCAGCCGUGCCGGUAUCAGUGCUCUCCCGUCAAUCAUCAACGCUGUCAUCUUGACCUCGGCCUCCUCUUCCGCCAACGCCUUGCUGUACACCGGUUCCCUCUCCCUGUACGCCCUGCGCAGAACCGACAGGCACUUCGAUUCCUGCUCUAGUGCUCGAAGACCGAACCUGACUACAAUCUCCACCCUGUUCACCUGGGUCAGCAUCACCAUCGCUUACAUCCGCUUCUAUCACGCCUGCAAGGCUCAAGGCAUCGACCGCAACACUCUGCCCUUCAAGUCGCCCCUCCAGCCGUACCUCGGUUAUGCCGCCACCAUCUUCUUCAGCCUGAUCAUCUUGAUCAACGGAUUUGAAUCUAUUGCUGAGGGGUUCGGUUACCAGGCCUUCAUCACGGAUUAUAUUGGCAUACCCAUCUACUUUGGCCUGUACCUGUUCUGGAGAAUUGUCAAAUGCACAGGUUUCCACAAGUCCAGCGACGCCGAUCUGUACACUGGAAAGGCUGCCUUGGAUGCCAUCGUUUGGCCCAAGCGCAAGCCAAGGAACCUGGUGGAGAGGAGCUGGUUCUGGAUAGCAUGA